GGACAGUAGGGUAUUAAACUAUAAGGAGAUCUACUAAUGAAAAAUCCUACACAGGAACAGAAGUCUUCCGUUUCAACAGUACCAUGCACACUGUAAUAAACUUGUAACAUUGAGCACAAAGUAAUGUGAGCUCUGCACCAGGACCAUUUCUUAUAAACCAUGUGAUCCAAAUGUGGCUAGAUAUGGGCAUUCAGGAAGCAUAGACAGCUGCACAGACUAGAAAAGCAAGACCAUCCUUAAAAACCUCACAAGGAGCAAAACAUGGAUUACAGGAGCCCCGCAGCUGUCCUCAUCAUGCUUGUUCUCCUGUGCGGAGGGGACCUGAACACAGGUUCUGGGGUUCUGAAAGCCAUGUCGAUCCGGGAAAGGUGCGAGUGCCUGGAGACUGUGGACAAACUGACAUGGAGACAGAUCACAGACUUCCAGGUGACACCGAGGAGUGAGCUGUGCAACAGCGUGCAGAUCGUCACGUUGUCACCAGGGGACAGAACACUGGGAGGCCUACUGAAGAAUUUACACCUUGGGUCCUCAGAUUAUAAACUCAACUGUCUGUAACUCCAUUUGUUCAUAGCUCCAAAAUCUUCCAUUGCUAAGCUGCAAUGAGUAAAAGGCGAAUAAAACAUAUAUCCUCAAUUACUUCACGGGUUCAGUUCUGUAAGAACCUUAGACAAAACUGCAAGGAAGCGUAGGAUGGGGAGACAGGGUAUGACCUGGAGAUGAUGCCACUGGAUUGCAGUGAAACACUUAUUUAUUUUACUUGAGACGAGAUAUAAACUGAAUUCUUUUAUAAUGACUGAAAAGACAAAACAAAUCAUAUCCACAAGCUCUCAUUCAAUGCCACUGACUGAUUAAUAACAUAUGCAAGAUUUGGAAGCGUCAAGCUAUUUUCAGUUUUUUUUAUUAACUAGAAUAUCAGUAAAAUGUACA